UCAUUCUAUGUAUCAAUAUACAGAUCGGUCGAUUUUCUUAAUUACUUGUAAGUUUUUGGGUGUGAUUUUCAAAUGGAGAGUUCAGACAAACCAAUUUCAAAGCUGAAAUUUCUUGUCGACCCGGAGACGAACAAGGUCGUCGUGGCUGAUGCUCGUAAGGAUUUUGUUGAUGUGCUCUUUGGUUUGAUGGCCCUGCCAAUGGGUACCAUCGUCCGAUUGCUGGAGAAGAAUAAGCAGAAUUCUGCUCCAAUAGGUUGUUUCAACAAUCUCUACAAAAGUGUCUUUGAUAUGGACAAAGAUGACUUCUUGAGUGAAGCUUGUAAGGAUAUGCUUUUAUAUCCCAUGUAUGUGAAAGAGAAGCAAUGCAGACGACUUAAGCUUAACAUAGAUGAUACUACCGAGGUCCUCAAGGCGUUUAAAGUACCUGAAGGUGCUGGUUGUGAUGAACUUUUUGUCACCGGGAGGUCCUCUUUCAUCAUUACCGAUGAUAUGAAAGUGGAAUUCGCUUCUCUUGUUCUCACCACAAAGAUACUUAUCGGACUCGGUUAUAAUAGUGUUGCUAAGAUGGAGGAGAUGUUUGUAGACCUUAAUCAUGAAAGGGUUCUAUCUCUGCUCCAUUGCUUGUUCUCUUCGGAAACUCCUUUCACUGAUGUCUUCUUGAAGAAGCAUAGCUCUUGUGGUAUGACAAUUGACAAGGUCGCAUGACAUGCCAAAUCUACCCGCGCAAGAUGGUGGUGAAGCAGGACCAGAUGAAGUUGUGUCACUCACUCUAUUUGUUAGGAAGCAGGACAUGAAGGUUCUUUAUGCUGAAAGUGGGAAAGACUUUGUGGAUCUACUUUUCAUUUUCCUGGCUAUCCCUUUGGAAUCUGUAUGGGAAAUAACUGGAAGCAAUAUCGAGCUAGGAUGCAUCGGCAACUUUUGUAGAAGCUUGAAGAACUUGAGCUCUAGCGGAAGCACGGAUGCAUCUAGUAACACAUGUAUGCUUCCUUGGCAAUAUAGGCUGCAGAAAUCGUUGCUUGGGGUCAGUUAUCUAAACAGUGACGGUAGUUCUCAAUUGACACCUCAUUGUAGCAGUGGGUUUGUGAAGAGCGGGGUAACAUACAUGGUCUCAGAUGAUCUUACUAUUUGCAUAAAGAAGAAGUUUGAAGUGAACUUGGAUGAUAUUGAGGAGCAUGAAAUCAACAUUAGCAAAACACAUGCCAUCGGUUUACUAAGAGCCUCUUUUAUGACUUCCACUGCUUUGACCACAGCUUUCGAGAGCUUUCUUCCCAAGAAACCGAAAGAAGAGAAACUCUAAAGCAUCAAUCACAUGCCUCUCUUGAGCAGAUUGAUUUCAAGUUUAGGUUUUGUUGUUUGGAGUGGUAGUUGAACAAAUUACCUUCUCUUUAAUCACUACUGUUAAGUACAACCUUUUGUUCUUGAACCUUUAAUGUGUCUUGAGUUUCAGUCUUUAUAUGAUUUUGCUUGAUUU